AUGUUCGAGGAGGCGCUGGCCUACUACGGUGUGGGCGCCCCCAACCUCUGCGAGAAGGUGGCCAGCGCCAUGGGGGGCACCAAGUCCACUGAGGAGGUGCGCCGCCACUUCCAGUUCCUCGUCGACGACGUCAACAACAUCGAGCACGGUCGCAUCCCCUUCCCUAAGUACAAGACCCAAGGAUUCUGGACCUAG